AUGGCCUACCGCGAGCGGGACGAAGAGGAAGAGGACUACGGUCCCCCGCACCCGGAGGAUGGUGGCUAUGAUGUGGCCUGGCCAACCGGCCCUGAUGAGCAUGAGGAAUUCUCUGCAGCAGUUGCCGAGACUGUCAAUGACAAAGGGUACUGCGUCAUCAGCAUGCCGCUUGGCGACGAGGCCGUGAAGGAGAUCGAUGCCAGCAUCGGGCCAAUGGAGUGGGGCGUUUUCCCUGCAGAAACGGAGGAGGAGUACCUGGGCGUGGAAGUCAGCGAUUGCAAGAUUGCCUGGCUCCAGUACGUGGGCUAUCAGGCGAGCAGAGGCUCAGGACUGCGGAUGUACGACAUCGAGGAAAUGGGGCCUAACAUGCAAAUGGACCGAUUGGCACCGUUGGAGCUUUGUGACAGAGCACUGACCAACGUUGCGGCAUUGAUGUGGCCUUAUACGCCGGAGUAUGAAGAUGACAAGGCAUUUUCUGUGUUCCAGCGUACAAGUGGUUUGGUCAGAUCCUCAAUCAAUCCAGGUGAUGAAGGCGUGAGAAGUCGGACGUUUGGGCAGGACGAGCAGAGCGAGCUGGACAUGCACAUCGCCUUUGUCGAUGGCAAGCGUCUUGCGAUGAUUUUCCUGAUAGACAAUGACGGUGGCGAAUUGGAGCUGUUUCCAAACCCCACUGGCUACGAUUACAACGAGGUGACGCUUCCGCUUUCCAAAAACAAGCUUAUCGUUUUCCGUUGUGAUGCUUUGGGCCUGAACUACAGCUACCGCCCCAAAGGUAAGAACGUGGCCCUGCAGUCUUGGGUCCUAGACGUGCCGUCUGCGUGGAAAGACAAGGAGGAGGCCUUGCGCAUCUUGGACGGCCCCGAGGAGCCGGAGGGCCGAAGGAACAACGUCAUGGGGGUGUGCUCGCGGUAUCCUGGGCUGGGUUUUGAAGUGCAGGCAUACUGGAACAUGCUCGUGGCCGGGACAGACACAGAGGUCAAAAUCCCUAUCCAGCGCUGGGACACAGACAUCUACUACAGGGCAGAGCACACCAUUGGCUUCUCCAUGACAUGCCACGGAGCGAAUCUUCAGCAGUCUGAAAUCGAGAUGUUUGACAACCAAUUCUUCGGCAUUGAUCAAAGAGAGGCUAUUGAGAUGGCUCCCUACAUGCGAGUCAUGUUGGAGGUUGGCUACGAGGCUCUGCACAAUGCUGGCCACCGACGCAGUGAGAUGAAAGGGUGGAAAUGUGGCGUCUUUGUUGGGGACUCCGGCUCCGAUUGGGAUGGCAUCCACUGGACUGCUCCCAAGGAUAUGGAUAUCAAGCUUGCUGGAAGGGAGCGAUCUGCGGCGGCAAACCGGCUUUCCCAUGUUUGCGGAUUGACGGGUCCCACGUCCACCGCCGAAACAGCUUGCUCCUCGAGUCUGGUCGCCACGGGCAUUGCGCAGAUGACCAUGAGGUCGAAAUUAGAGGAUCAGCAGACGCCCAAUAUCGCAACCGAGUUGAAGCAUGGUCUGGUCAUUGGAAGCAAUCUGCUUCUGGGACCUGGUGGCUACAUCUCCUUGAGCGGCCCGGGUAUGUUAACGCACCAGGGCCGGUGCUUUACUUUUGACAACUCGGCUGAUGGCUUCGCUCGAGGAGAGGGUGUCGGAUCCGUCAAGCUGAAGGUCUGUGAGGAUGUGGUGGAAGCGGCUGGCAGGGUUGCCAUGCUGAUUGGUUGCAGCGUCAAUCAGGAUGGUCGCAGUGCCUCAAUGACAGCACCUCACGGCCCCUCGCAGCAGGAGGUUAUCCGGCAGUCCAUGAGGGAGGCCGGCUUGUCACCGAACAGUAUCACCAUCGCAGAGUGUCACGGAACAGGAACUGCGCUUGGAGAUCCCAUCGAGAUCGGAGCCUUGCGAGGGGUCAUGCGGGCAGAUCGCUCGCGGCCCAUUCUGAAGACAAGCUCCAAGACGAACCUUGGCCACUUGGAAGCUGGCGCUGGCAUGGCAGGCUUGAUCAAAUGUAUCUGCAUGCUCAACUACUCGACGGGCGCUCCCAACAUCCAUCUCCUUGUGCUGAACCCCCACUUGGACGUGGCUGGCUAUCCUGUUUACUUCGAGAGUGAGUUGAUCGACUAUGGUUACAACAGCGGCCUCACAGGCGUGUCAUCCUUCGGUUUCGGAGGUACCAACGCGCGUGCAGACGUGUGGGGCCACGCGACCAAAGGGCAUCGCUACUGCAUCACCGGCCCGCUGGAAUCCCUGACGCAAUUCCAGAGGUAG